AUGUUACUACUGUCUUGGGGUCAAAUGACCAGUUCUCAUUAUCCACUUGCUCUUAAUCUGCCGACCAGCCAUCUCAACCAGACUCGACACGAUCGACUCUACGGCCAUGAUGACUAUGACAAUUUACCGUUUCGUAAAACCAGCCUCUUUGAGACUCUCGGUCUUGGCCUGCAGACCUCAGGGCCUGAUGCUACCGAACUGUCCGACUUCUCCAUCGGCCCUGGGGACUCGGACUUUGGACCGCUGGGGACUCGGGCUCCUGCUAUUUGUAACUUUGAUAGUCCGUGCGGGUACUGGCAUCAUCAGACUGACGAGACGGAUCAUUGCAGCUGUGAGGAGUGUUGGUGA